UUUGUUCAAAGAUUCAAACUGACGCUGUUGUGUUGGGAAUCACAUUACUAAUUUUGUUAAUCUUCUGUCUUAUACAUGUACGCAGACAGUAACUCAAAUUUUGAUGACAGUUCUUAUCAAGGAUAUGAAGUUGUGGAUUCUGCAGACGAUUCAGAUGAACCGAUCGAUCCUGAAUUUAUUAAUCUUUUAGAAGAUCUUGAAGGUAAUGAACAUGAAAGCAUAGAUCUGUACUCUGUUUUGGGUGUUGAUAAAAAUGCAUCGUCAGCUGAUCUGCGCGCGGCAUACAAACGUCUCUCUUUGUUGUUUCAUCCGGACAAACAUUCUAUUUCCACAAUAGAGGAGGAUGAGAAGGUGACUUCAAAUUCAUCCGAUGCAGUAGCUGCAUUCAGUCGAAUUGCUUCAGCUUAUGCAAUUCUAAGCAAUCCUGACCAACGUGCUAUUUAUGAUAGUUUUGGUUAUAAAGGGUUGAAAAUGCAGGGUUGGCAAAUAACAAGCUGUCAAAAAUCAGCACCUGAACUUCGUUUGGAAUAUCUUCUUCUAAAAGAAAAAGCUCAGGCUUCGAAGCAACUUCAGUUAACUCAACCCACGUCGGAAUUUUCCCUCGGUGUAGAUUUAACAGAUGUUUUUGAUCGUUAUUUAAAGGAACCACCAGAAGAUCGUUCAUUUAUCCCAAUUCCAUCAAUUUAUGAACUUUCUGUUGCCCAGUCUAUCAAUGCUGGUAUCAGCAUAAAAAACUCGGUUAGUUUAGCCGGUCAAGUAACUGCUCAUAAUGGUGUAGGAGUGGGAACAUGUCUUGUUAUAUGGCGGCAUCACUGCUCCAGAAGGUCAAUCUUCGGUCCAACUACAAUCGAUACUGAGUUUUCAUAUGGUCGUGCCGGGCGUGGAUUAAGUACUGGUAUACGUGCAAGACGACCUUUUGGACAGCGUUCUGUUGGUAGUUUAGGCUUAUCUCUAGCUAGUAUAUACGAAACGUCUCCCAAGUCGAGCAUUACUCUUAUCCCUGGUGUUUCUGCUGGUGUAAAUAUCCAAUUAUUAACACGUGUGCAUGCACAUCUAGAGUUACGUUGUCUAAUGAAUCCAGGUAUAUCAAGUGAAUUAUUUUUUGCUUCUGCUAACAAUGAGUACAAUGCCCGAAUUUCAAGUAAGCUUAAUGCAUCUGGUUAUGCAAGCAUCUCACUUCGGCUGGAAAAGUCCGUCUCAUGGAACUGGCUCAACCCACCUCAAGGAUCUGGUUCUGCUGAUAAGGAAGAUCUCCCUGAUUGCGACUGGGCUGAUUCAGAUCAUUUUGAUUCAGAACAACAGCGAUGCGGUAAAGGCAAAAUAUCAUGCACCUUAGGUGUUAAUACUGUUGACAUCGGUGAAUUCGCUCUGGGUCUACAAUGUCAAAUUUCUGCUCAUUCUAGAAUCUCAGGUCAAAUUCGUUUAAGCAUUCAAAAAGGUGUAACUUUUAAACUUAGUCUUUUACGAGGUACUCAGACAUAUUCAUUUCCGUUUAUUUUAUCUGAUCACCCUGACAAAGUUGCUUUUGGUUACGGCUUGAUUGUUCCUCUUCUUGCAUUUUCGGCUAUACGUAUGUUAGUCUAUGAACCUUAUCUAUCUCGUCAGUUAAAACUCUCACAAAAGUUUCGAAGAGCGAAACUACGCGAAGAAUUGGCCAAAAAGCGCCGUGAGGCAUUGUCCACCCAGGAACUCAUGAGGACAGCUGCAUCCCGAAGUAGACGGAAUGAAAUGUCUAUUUGCGGUCUUGUUAUUAAUCAUGCAAUAUAUGGUUGUCUUUCACCGACUUCUAAUUUUACUACUUUAUCUGAUGCUGGUGGUCCACUUGCAUUUGAUGUAACGAUACCUCUUCAGGCUAUGAUAGAAAAAAGUCAUUUACGCUUACCACCUGGACGGUGGUGUGAUUUUCAAGGUUUCUAUGACCCAUGUGUUGGUUUGUUAGAAAAGUCACGUCAGCUUCAUGUAUCAUAUACUUUCCACAAUUCCUCCCACGAGGUUACUGUCGAUGAAAAUCAAGGUCUAGCUAUUCCAAUGUCUAAGCAUAAAGUUGAAAUUGUAUAGGCUCCGUAAAAUCAUCCUGUAGUUGUCUUUCAAAUCAACUAUCAUAUUAUCUUCGAUGUGUAGCAUUUCUUAGGAACUUUAAUUUAUUCCUAUAUUGCUUAUUGUUAUUAUUACUUGUGCAACUCUGUCGUUAUUCAUUUUGUUUGAUAAAUUAGCACAAUACAAGCGAUUCGGUCAUUACAUUACUAAAGCAUUUAAUCCGAUUUUCAUGUAAAUAAACUAAUUUUAUUCUUAAACUCUUGAAAAUCAUUAUCAUGAAUUCGCACUUCUGUUAAAUUUAAUUUAUACUUCAUUCCUAGAGGAUGUACAGUUAAUAGAUAAUAUUCAUUCAUAAAACGAUAUUUUUC